UCUCUUGUUUUGUGCUACCUGUUCCCACUUCUCACCUCCAAAUCUCCAAAAUUUGCAUUUAGCAAAUAAUAAAUACCAAAAAGGUUGCGUAUAUGGAUUAAACCAGGUCGGUCUAAAGCCACCAUAUGUAACCUUGUGAGCAUCUUCAGCGAAUCAACCCAAGAAUAUAUUUUUGUCUGUCUUUCCAUUCCAUUGAGGAAAUCAGAGAGAGAGAGAGAGAGAGAGAUAGACAUUUCUUUCAAUUUCUCUGCUCUCAAUUUAUAUAUACACCAUUGAUGUUUUCCAUUCUUUCCUCAUAAAAUUCCCACACCAGAGUGAAAAUCUACUACUUCCCAUUGUUAUUACCGGAAAUUUCUUUGGUUUCCGUUAUUAUCUUUGAAAUUGUAAUUAGUUGGCGGUUGGUUAGUUGGUUUUUCUUGUUUUUCUCCGUCAAAGGAGAGAUCUGAAAUUGCGUAUUUUUACAUUGAAAUCACGUCAAAUAGAGAGAUCUCAAAUUGCGUAUCAGUUAAAUCCACGUCUCAGUUCCCGUUCUUAGGGUAUUUUGAUUUUGGGUUUGUGAGAAUUCAAUGGGUUCUUUAGGAAUGUAUAAUGAGAAUCAUGAUUCUGAUCAUGAAGAAGAGAAUCUAGUUCCUCCUUCAAAACAAGGAAAAGGGAAGAGAUUGUGGAAGAAGGUCAAGUAUCAGCUUGUUGAAUAUCAUGCAUUGCCUGGAUAUUUGAGGGACAAUGAGUACAUUAUUGGUCAUUACCGAGCUGAGUGGCCACUGAAGCAGACUUUUCUUAGCAUUUUCUCCAUUCAUAACGAGACUCUUAAUGUCUGGACGCACUUGAUCGGAUUUUUUCUCUUUCUAGCAUUGACUAUAUACACUGCAAUGAAGGCCCCAAAGGUGGAUCUUCAUUCCCUUCAACAUUUACCUGAUGCAUGGAAAAGAGCUGAUCUUCAGAAUUGUCUUCCUUACCUGCAAAGAUUGAAGAAAGAAGUAACAGGAUGGAGUGUUCUUGAACUUCUCAAUAAUUGUUUACCUGAGAGAUUCUCAAGUGGCAACCACACUGAUGUUUGUGUUCUGCGAAGCUUCGCACAAGAUUUUGCAAACAUAAUAUCACCUUUUAUGCUGACGCCAAUAACUCGAUGGCCCUUCUUUGCCUUCAUGGGUGGGGCCAUGUUUUGCUUAUUAUCGAGCAGCACGUGCCACCUCCUAUCUUGUCAUUCAGAACGACUCUCUUACAUAUUGCUCAGAUUAGACUAUGCUGGUAUUGCAGCCUUAAUUGCCACGUCCUUCUACCCACCCGUCUACUAUUCCUUCAUGUGUAAUCCAUUUUUCUGUUACCUCUACUUGGGCUUCAUAACAAUACUAGGAAUCACCACCGUUAUUUGCUCACUGGUUCCAGUCUUCCAGACACCCGAAUACCGUAAUAUACGAGCUUCCCUCUUUUUUGGAAUGGGAUUCUCUGGAGUGGCACCAAUACUUCACAAGUUGAUCUUAUUCAAUGAUCAACCUGAAGCUCUUCACACAACAGGGUAUGAAUUACUUAUGGGUGUUUUCUACGGAACUGGAGCUUUGAUUUAUGCUACAAGGAUUCCCGAGAGAUGGAUGCCAGGGAAGUUUGAUAUUGCCGGACAUAGCCAUCAACUCUUUCACUUGUUGGUGUUAGCAGGAGCUUAUACCCACUACCAGGCAGGGUUGAUUUAUUUGAAAUGGAGGGAUCAGCAAGGUUGUUCGUAAGGAAAAGAAAAGAUAGAAAGAUCGGAUUUUAGGGAGUGAAAGUAGUUGCUUUCGGUCUACUAUCUGGCUGUAGAAUUGUACUUUAUGAAAAUAUAGAUGGUGUGAUGGGACUAAUUUGGUCCAAGGUCUUGUAGUUAUUAGUAGCUGUUGGUUCUCUUUUUUUUUUUUUUUUGAAACUGAAGAUUGAAUUUAUUAAGAAGUAGUGUUUACAUAAUUGUUAUCUUCUUGCAGUUGGUCUAUGAUACAACUGGGAGGGGUUAAUAACCAGAUACCACUUAUGCUA